AAAUAUGAAUUGGGAAUUGAACAAAACAAUAGAUAGAAUGGGCUACAGCGGUACCCAAUCUUGAGGUAGCCCUUACCGAAACAGCCGUAACGUACUAUAUAACUGGUAAUGUCUCCCACUUGGUGGGCUAAUUGUCUCGACCCUGUAAUAGCCAUCUACCAUCCUCUACGACUUAUUUAUAAACAUGCUGUGGACAGCCAUGAGAUCUGCAACCACCCUCGUAGAAAAAUAAUUAAACUAUACACUCCAAUAUUUGGUGAUGAGAUGAUAGAAUCGUACCAGAUGGCGGCUAAAAACAGUGUUUGUUUAUGUAGAAAUUAGAAUGUUUAUGACCCUCAAAUCAGCUGGAUCACUCAGAUCACACUCAUUGAAGAGGGUCUCACCUGGCACUUCGAUCCCAUUGUUCUAAAUGGUUAAGGUCAUCUUCAUUGAUCUAUAUUCUGCGGCGACAAUACUGCAAUCAUCCUGCGUUUGUUU